UACGUUCUAUAUUCCUGUAACAAAUAUCAUUUCAAAAUGGCCGCGUCCAUGUCCAACUCAAGAAAUAUGAAUUCCUCUAUUUCAGAAAAUGUCACAGCAGAGCAGGAACAAGACGCUAACUCUGCCUUGACGGAACUUGAUAAAGGUUUGCGCUCUAUCAAGAUUGGAAAUCAGUGUGAAGCAGUUGUAAAGUUUCCAAAACUUUUUGAAAAGUAUCCCUUUCCUAUUCUUAUAAACUCAGCUUUAUUAAAAUUAGCAGAUGUCUUCAGGGGCGGCAACAACUUCAUUAGAUUGUGCAUCUUGAAAGUUACACAACAAAGUGAAAAACAUUUAGAUAAGAUUAUAAAUGUUGAUGAGUUUAUUAAAAGGAUAUUUACAGUAUUACAUAGUAACGAUCCUGUAGCUAGAGCUAUUACUUUAAGGACAUUAGGAAGUAUAGCAUGUAUUAUCUCCGAAAAGAAGAAUGUUCAUCAUAGUAUAGUUUUCAGUUUAGAUUCACACGAUGCUGUGGAAGUUGAGGCUGCUAUUUUUGCUGCAGAUCAUUUUUCUGCUGUGUCAAAGACCUUUGCAGCUGGUAUCUGUAGUAAAAUAGCUGAAAUGAUUUCUGGUUUAGCUACCCCAGUAGAUAUGAAGUUACAACUUAUUCCUAUCUUUCAACAUAUGCAUCAUGAUAUGACUACAGCUUCCAAAGCCUGGCAAGUUUGUACAAGUUUACUGGAAGGAUAUCCAGCAUGUAGAUUUGUUUUGUUGACGUUAGAUACCAUGACUCAACUAGCUGUUAAAUCUUUAUUUACUGUUCAACAACAUGUUCAACUACUACUCUCAUAUUUACAAACAGACUGCAGACAAUCUGUCAAAAUAAUCUGUCUAAACAAUUUAAAACAGCUUGCUAAAAUAUCAUCACAUUUAUGGCGAGCAGAAUAUAUUGAGUCUAUAAGUGAUUUUAUGAUGUGUACACCAUCUAUAAGAUUAAAGAUAUUUGCUGUAAAUGUAUUAAAUACAAUCUGUAAUUCUGUAGCAGUUCAACUUAUACCAAUACUUCCAGAAGCCAAGCUAAAAGCAGUUUGUCAAGAAUAUUGUUACCAUGACAACCUAACAUUAUCCACUAGAACAGUACAGCUGAUGACCGUAUUAGCUAAAUCUGGACGGUUAAAUAAUGAAAUAUCAGAGGAAAUUACAAUGAUACAGACACAUCUUAUUUUACUUAUAAGUAAUGAAAAAUGUCCUUUAAAAGAGUUAAAGCUGAGUCUUCAGUGUGCUGUUCAGGUUUGUCAAGCUUCACCACAAUAUUGUUGUUCUUUUGUUGAAACCAUGGCCAAUCUACUACCUCAAGCACAAGGUAAACAUGCUGAGUUAUUAUGUGAAAGUUUAGCUGCUGUAGGAGAUGAUAAUAGUCAGAAUUUACAGGGAGCUGUACCGAGUAUAUUAUCUUAUUUAUCACAGUCAAUAGAAACUAGUGAUAUCAGUAAUACACAGGUUUUCUUAUGUACUUUGUUGUUCCAAGCUGCUAGAGGAGCUAUAAUACCCAAUCAAAUCAAAGAUCUUAUUCUUCAGUCAGUAGAUUCAUCCAAUCACUGGUUUGCUUAUAAAAUUGUUCGUCAGGCCAUGAGGUAUAGCCAGUGUGGAAUAGCGGAAAUAUUGCUCCAUCAGUUGAAGAAAGAAAUAGCAUCUGAGAACCUGUACUACUGGUUAACAGCUUUAGAAUUUCUUUGUCAGAUUGAAACAAAGAUAAAUUCAGUCAAGGCCGAUAACUCUAAUCUACUUAAAUGUUCUUCUGAUGCCCUAGAACUUUAUCAGAAAGCUCUUGUAGCUCUAAAGGCUGGCAGUAAUCAAAGUUUUUCUCUCAAGUUUCCUAUAGAAUAUAUCAGUGUUCGUAUACAACUACUACAGGCUCAUCAACAGUUACUGUUAACAUGUAAUACAUUCCGUACAUCACCACCACCAGCUAUUGCUUCUGCUCUUGCUGCUACUAAUGGUCAAGAUAGUGCUAGAUGGAGUCAAAUUAUAGGACAGUUGGAGAAAUGUGUUCAGGAAUAUGAAGAAUUAAGUGUUAAGAUAUCUGAGCUACACUGGUCAUCAUUUGAUGCUGAUCCUCUCUCACUACAAAAUGUUGAUAUAUUACAGCAGAGCUGUGAUGUGAUUAAAUCUAGUAUAACUACAAUAGUAUCUUUAGUACAUACAGGAGCUGGUUUAUUAGGAGAAAGAAGAAAAAUGCAUCAAACAAGUGAUAAAGAUUUAGAUGGAUCAAUUAGAUUAGCUUUACAACAAAUCUCUAUUAAUCUGGAUACUACCUUACAUACAACACCUAUAUCGGAUAUGACUAGUAAGAUUGAGUUUUUAUCAUCAUCAGCUAAAUUAAUGUUACAAGCAUCUCAUCCUUAUCCUAGAUACUUCUUCCAAUCUUUACAAUCAACAGCUGUCAAGUUGGCAGUUUCACCACAACAAAAUAUACAUCAAGAACCUAUCUCUAUUCGAUGUGAUACUCAUAUGACAUUAAAGGUAGAAGGGGUUAUACAACAUAAUGAUAGUUUAUAUAGACAAGUUGAAUGUGUAACUAUUACAGCUAAAACUAAUUUACAAAGUCGUAGUUCAGCUACAAGUUCAAAUAACAAGAUGAAUGAAGCAACCUCUCAGUUUUUCACAAGGACAGUUGAACCUCACAAUGACUAUUUCUGUGUAAACUUCCUGCUACCGUUCCCAGCACUUGGUAUUCACGGAAUAACAAUUGAGGCAGCCAUUAUUGAUGAAAAUGGAGCCACAUGGAAUACGGGACCAAAAGAAACUUUAACUGUGAAAUCUUACGAUGAUAUGAUAUUACGACAACAACAACAGGCUAGAUUUCAGCGUCUGACACAACAUUAAAAUCAGAAAAAUAAUUUGAAAUUUGUAAUUGUAUUCAAAAUCUUAAUAGGUUUUACUUCUUUAGCUUUUGCUUACUAUUUUGAAUUUUGAAGUUUUGAAAUUAAACCAAGCAAAUUCACUAAUCUGAGGCUAUUUAGAGUGAUACUGAAGAACUGAAAAUGCUAAUUUAGUGUUGUUAAGAGGGUUGGGAAUAAUGUCCGCUUCUACCUAGGGUCAUAUUGCAGAUAAAUGUUUUCUAGGAAACUUGUGAGAGGAACCAGUCGCAUGCAUGUGGCUCGUUCCGAUUGAUUGUUAGGAGUUAAAACAUCUUGUAUUUAUAUAUGAAACUGUUGAUCCAUGGUAAAAAAUGUAAAUUUCAUAGAUGUUUAAGAGAAGUGUAUACAAGAAAUGUUUUUUGAUUGUAUAUAUUUUCAUAUUUUUUGUAUAAUGUUCUAAGAACUUCAAACAAAUAAGUGUUUUUCUCAUUUCUGUUAUACAUCUAUCUUAUUUCGUACCAUUCAUCUUGGGUAAACACAGGGAUUGAACACGGACCUUACAUCUUACUCACAGAGCCACCAUGGUUCCCAAUCAGAAUAAAGGUGGAUGUAUCCAGA